CCAACCGGGGGCUUCUACAAACUCUGUCUAGGGGAAGUUGAUUCGUCUUCGCCGGCGGGCACCAUAACCACCAUGGCCGCCGCCGCCGCCACCUCCGCGGCCGCAGCCGUCUCCUCGUCGCGCUCGUCUGCCCUCCUCCAACCUAACCCGACACCAACCUCCGUUUCCUUCCCGCGGCGGCCGCUUCCCCCCGCCGCCACCCUCGCCCUCUCCGCCCCAUCCCAGUCCCAGCCGUCCGCGCGGGGCUCGGCGCUGGUGCCGGCGGCCAACCCCAAGUACCACAACGCGAAGGCGGACGCGGGCGACGAGGACGUGGGCGGGGAGGAGCUCCUGCGUCGGUUCACGUGGCAGGUGUCCCGCGCGGGCGUCAUGGAGGAGAUCAGGCGGCGGCGGAGGCAUGAGGACGCGCGGGACAAGCGCAAGCGCAAGGCACGGUCAGCGGCAUGGAGGUUCCGCCGGAGGCGCUUCAAGGGUCCAUAUCCAUUCGGUGCUGAGCAAGGGACGAAGGAGCAGGGCACCGAUGAUGAGGAGAAUGACAACUGGGAGCUCCCUGGAGGAGAGUUGCCAUCUUACAGAUAGAGUCUCGACACUUGAACUUGGGUCCUUUUUGGUUAGCUAGAGGAAAUGGAGUAGGUGUUAGUGUGUUACCGAAUCAUUUGUACCUGAUUAGUGACCACGGCCCGGUAGGCGACUGAUGUAAAGCCUUGUUCUGAAUGUUAUGUCUCAAGUGCAGAGCCUCUUGACUGUGCUGCAAAUACUUGAACCCUCUUGUGCUCUUUGUGUAUGGAUGUACUGGCUAGGGAAAGAGACCAAUGACUGGUGUGUUCCCAGAAGAAUUAUUACGUUGCUACUGUUUUCUUGUUGGGUAUAAAAGAAAGGAGGAAUUCUGAUGCAA